ACUGCGCAAAGUCACGGCACUGAGACACCACCGCCCAGACCACCUCAGCUGAGUCUCUCAUCUCAGCCUGGAGUAUCUCCCCAGGAAACUAGUGUCAUCGAUUAAUGGUGUCCGGGUAUCGCUUUUUUGUGGAAUUAUCUUCACUUGACGAGACUUCAUGUGAUCUCAGCCUCGACUGCCUAGUGCCUACAACAGUGCCAGCAACAGUGCUCUUGUUGCAAAUCCAAAAAGUGUCGUGACUGUGAUAUUGGUGCCAUUACACAAGAUUACCACUUGGAGAUUUGUUUAUUUUUUGUCCUUCCCACGUGUUGGUGCAAGAGAUGAUAUGUUCGAGAUCAUAAUUACCUCAGUCUACCCCACAUUGUGUGUGUGCAUAGAUGGAAAACGUGAUGGCUAGCGUGGUUACCAACUGUCACCUCUUAGUGUGGCCCUAGUUGGUGGCCUAGCGCGACUCUUAGCCGAGUGUUGUUUAGAGUUGUGUGUGCCUGGGAACGUCGCUACACAUUGGAGUUACUAAUUCGUCUUCCACUGUACGCCGCCAACAUGAGUUCAGAGAUCUCCGACUUCCAAGACAUGUGGCAGGACAUAGAGACGGUGCUGCUGGGGGACGCAGGAGCAGCUGACCCGGAGCCACUCCUGGCUGUCGACAACACUUCUGACCAACUUGCCACGCCCAUGUCGUCGUCUUCGUCGUCGUCAUCGUCUACGAUGUUCACAGCGCCAUCAUUACCUCAGACGCCAUCAAUUUUAUCGCAGGCGCUGACAGCGCCACUGACGCCACGUCUUCACUCGCUACAGUACACGUCGUUCUGCCCCCAGCAUGAGACCCUCCUUAGUGGCCUAGGAGGCGGCGAUGAAAGCCAGGGAAGUUAUAACGUUCCUAGUGACGACAACCAACUGUAUCGCGGCACGUCUCCAGCCUCCACGCCCAUGGACACGAGUUACCAUGGUCAAUAUGCGUCUCCGUAUCACGCAUACGUCGAGGGGUUAGAAGUGGAAGCCUACGUGACUGAGGAGAUGAACGGUUCACAGUACAAUCCCAGCGUGAUGGAAGCCCCAGCGCUGGUCCAGCCAGAAGAUUUCGUGGACCUAGAUGCCUUAGCCAAGAGUGCAGCCGAGGGUCACUACUGUGGUGACCCCACCACGACGUCACAACCCAAACACGAGGCUCAGGAGCAUUUCCAGUUUACUCUCCCUGAGGCGCCCACAAAGCUGCCCUCCAUUACCACUCUGCAACCACGAGCCCAACCCCUCACCUUCAAUACAUAUGGCACCACACUGCCACCAGUGUCUGCCGUUACUGGAACGCAGCAACAGCAGCAGCAGCAGCUACAACAGCCACGGCAAGGAGAGAGUGCCCCACCCCUCGCUGUCCCAGUGCCCACAUCAGCUGCACCUCCCCCUGGUUUGCAAGGUGUAACACAAGUUACUUAUACACACGGUCAAAUGUCCCCACCCGCAUCCCCGGACAACGAGGAGCUCCCACCCGGUGUUAGAGUAUCCGGUUGCAUGACCCACCUGGGAAACACCACACCCCUCACCACUCACGCCCUCACCAGACAGACCCUUCACACACUAGUAAAGGUCAUGACACCACCGUCUUCGCCUAACUUGUCUGAACUACUGUCUACUCCCGUUACCACAACACCUUCGUGCCAGGCUCUCACACUUACAGGCUCCGAACGCAGCAAACAACUCAACCGUGAGCCUCCAGCGCCCCCUCCGCCAGACGAAGCAGAGCCGAAGGUAGUCAAGAAACCAACGAGUCGAAAAAAGAUCACGGCCCACACAUGUCAACACCCGGGUUGCCACAAAACCUACACGAAGUCAUCUCACCUGAAAGCUCACUUGCGCACUCACACAGGCGAGAAGCCCUAUAUGUGUAACUGGAAGGGCUGUGGCUGGAAGUUUGCGCGGUCUGACGAACUGACUCGGCAUCUUCGUAAACACACGGGCGACCGACCCUUCCAGUGCCGUCUGUGUGAACGAGCUUUUUCCCGUUCGGAUCACCUCAGUCUUCACAUGAAGCGGCAUGUGAGCGUGUAACCGCCCACACGCCCACAGUGUACAUACAUUCUCGGUGUACAAAGGCUGGGAAGCGGUGCCCAAGCCUGAUCCAAGUUACCAGGAGUCUCCCUCCCGCCCGCACCCGACGCGCCCACACACUCCCGCUCCUCACCCACUACUUAAUCUUGUAUAAAUUCGUUGCGUCGCUCAAUAACAGGCAGGGGGAUGAACUGCUUCAAAACUCGUGCAUAAGCCAUGAUAAUUAGCGACGGUCAGACCCAGGCAAAACAGACGAGACAGUAAAAAUGUGGAAACAAAUAGGGGUGGCACUUUUGGCAGCCUGUGCCGGCAGUACCUGGUUCUCUCUCUCAAUGACUGUCGCCCCAUUCCCCACUCCAUCCUUUUACACAUCACCCUGAAGGGUAGCCCCAUAAACCCUUCCUCGCCAUCUGUUCAGCAAUCCUCCUCUCCCUCACCCAGAAUGGUUCACCGCUGUCCACCAUAUCAGGACUAAUUAGCACUAUAAUGGUUACAAGUUCCCGGCAUAACAGUACCUCAUAGCAAAACUUAAAUUUCAAUUAAUCAAUAUAAAAUUAAUAAACCAUUGGCAGAAUUUAUACAAUGUAUAUUAAAAAUGCUGGCAGUAGGUAAACGUCUCAUGAAGAAAAAAAUUAAACAUUAAUUUACAUUUUUCCUGAAACUUCUAUCUCUUCUCCUUUUAAAGAAGCGUUUAAAGAGACAGAAAGUUCUUUUUAUACUUAAGCAAGUUACUUUGCUGUGACUAGUUAUAUAAAAAGCAGCAUGCGAAGUAAGCGAGGGUUGGGGAGGCGAGGAGGGGACAGACAGCAGCGAGAGUGCGGUCGUACAUUAGAUCAACAGAAGGGUCGCUGUGUUUCCCAAUGGUCAGGUUGUCACGAUGUGUCUCAGUAAAGACACUCGUUCUUGGUGCCUCACCCUCUUUCAUCUGCCACGUCUGCCGUGCGCGCACACACACACACACACACACACACACACUCUCUC